AUGAUGUCUAAGAAGACCCCCCAGUGUUCGGCAGCAGAUCAGUCGGAGCACGAUCAGCCUCAAUGUCAAGUGGACCGGCCCUCAAACGCAGCUCCGGGCUGUAGGAACCAGACCGAAUCAGGUCAGAGGAACGAAGAGACGGCCUCCUCUUCCCCGGAGAGCGGCAGCACCAACGGAGACGGGAAGCGCGGUGGCAAGAGCCGCCGCCGCAAGAAACGCUCCUCUAACCCUGAGGGCGGCGCCGGAGAGAAGGCCGACAGCGAGACCAAGACUCUGGAGAAGAAGCCACAGAAAAAGGCCCGGCAGCCGUCUGAGCCCCGGGCCGCUCUGACCGGCCUGCAGUCCGAGUGUGGCAGCGUGUGGUUUGAACGCAGCGUCUACGAGCGAGCCGAGAGCCUCUAUCAGUGCUGGUUGGCGGGUUCCUCCAGCGGGACCACCCAGUCGAACCGGUCCCCUCCGGCUCCGAGCAAACACCCAAACUCUCCAUCGACCGCGGCUCCGUCUGUCUCUGGAGCGGUUUGCCACCACGGCGAUCAGGUGGUCUGUCCCCGUGUCGUCGAGGAGCCAUCCGUUCCAAUCUCUCUGGACCUCCCGUCCCCCCCCGACCGCUCCACCGCACCCCGAACACCUGACGAAGGAUACCAAUCUCUGGCGCCGACCCCUGCGACCCCCGUGACCCCCGUGACCCCUGUCCUCCAGCAGGCAGCCGUCACGCCAGCCAGUCGACAGUCGAUUAACGGCCUGCCUCGGUUCCCGGUGGAGCUGCUCAGGGAGGUGUGGCUGGAGAAACCACUGUUCGACCGCGCUGAAGCCGCCUUCUACCAGAAUCUGUACGGCAACAAUUCCUCCAAGCGCUCCAGCUGCGCCUCCUCGUCCAGAAACGGCGAGCACCCGCAAAGCCUCGUGGAAGAGGAAGAGGAGGAGGAGGAAGCGGUGGCAGAGGUGGAGGAGGAAGAGGAGGAGGAGGAGGCAGUGGAGGAGAAACGGGCGGUCCAGCCGGGCAAAGCGGAAAUCUUUCAUGCCCUGCACCCGAUCCAAGAAGAGGAGGAGCCAGCCGAGGUCCCGGAGAAGGAAGAGGCGUCGGGGGUGGGAGGAGUCUGCCACUUCCUUCACCCGGACAGCGAGCGGGUGUGGCUGGACAAGUGGCGGUAUGAUGCUGCAGAGAGCCGUUUCCAUGGCUACAGUGGAGAUAAAGCCGUGGUGGUGGGGAAGAAGGGUCGGAGGCCGGAAGCCGACGCCUCAGCAGCUGCCUCCACGGCUCCACUGGGGGACAACACCAUGAACUUUCUGGCCCAGGAGAAGAUCUGGUUUGACAAACCUCGCUACGACGAGGCAGAGAGACGCUUCUACGAGAACAUGAACGGCUCCUCACAACCAGCUCAGGACGCUGGAGCGAACAGCAUUCUGAAAGACAUCGCACGAGCUCGGGAAAACAUCCAGAAGUCUCUCGCUGGAAGCACCCCCACCAGCACACCCACCCCCACCACCAGCACCAGCAGCAGCAGCGGAGCAGCAGCUGAUCAAGGAGAAGUCAUCUCUCGCAUCAACAGCCUGGAGCUGGAGAACCAGAGCCUACACAAAGUGGUCGACAACUUGCGGGCGGCGCUUUCCAAACUAGAAAUCCGAGUUGCAGUUCUGGAGGAAUCACCCGUGACCUCGGCUCCUGCUCCUUCAGCCCCCUACACAAACGGCACGUCUGUCCAGCAGAAGACCAGCGCCCCAGAGGAGCAGAAAGAGGAGGAGGAGGAUGAGGAGGAGGAUGAUGACGACAUCGACCUGUUCGGCAGUGAGGACGACGAAGAGGCGGAGAACCUGAAACAACAGAGAUUGAAAGAGUACGCGGAGAAGAAGUCCAAGAAGCCCACCCUCAUCGCCAAGUCCUGCAUCUUAUUGGAUGUCAAACCUUGGGACGAUGAGACGGACAUGGGGAAGCUGGAGGAGUGUGUGCGCUCGGUCCAGGCCGACGGUUUGUUAUGGGGCACGUCCAAGCUGGUUGCCGUGGGUUACGGCAUCAAGAAGCUGCAGAUCACGUGUGUGGUGGAGGACGACAAGGUGGGAACGGACCUGUUGGAGGAGGAGAUCACCAAGUUUGAAGACUUUAUCCAGAGUGUCGACGUCGCUGCUUUCAACAAGAUCUAAUCCCGUCUGUCUUUUUGUUUUGUUCCCGUCUUUCGUCACGCCUUGUUUCUCUGCUGAUUUGUGUUAACGGUUAAUAAUAAUAAUUAAAAUCCAAGUCGAGCACUGAA